AUUAUGGAUGAUUCAUUUAUUGUUUUAGUGUUUUUUUGUCAUUUAAAAACAACAAUGUCGGAUGAUGAUGCAACAUUUAAGAUCUGUAUCCAUUAUGCUGGACAUGUUACAAGAGAUGUUUCACGUUAUGUUGGAGGUGAAACUUGUGAUUUAGGAGUUAAUGACAUUGACAAGCUAUGCUAUUUUGAUAUCAUCGAUAAACUAAAUGAGGUUGAGAUUCAGUCAGUAAGGGCAUUGUAUUACAAAGUUCCUGACCUGCCUUUUGCUAGUGGUUUAAUGCCUUUAAAUGGUGAUGUAGAGAUAAUUGAGGUUGCAAAAAUAUUAAUGGAGUUAGCAAUUUGCCAUGUAUAUGUGCAGCAUGACAGCUCUAACAUGCAAGGAGAAAUUGGAGUACAAACUUCAACAAGGCCUUUUUUUUAUAAGGUAAAUAUUGAUGCUGGUGAAGGGUCAAGUAGAACGCACCUUAGGCAUGGCAAAAUGGCUUUAUUUCUGCAUGACAUGCUAGGAAGUGACGUGGAUGACGAUGAGCUGGUGGCUGGUAUUGAGAAAAUGAAUCAUAGAUAUGCUGAUUUUGAGACUUUCAAUUGUGCAGCAAGUGAAGGCCCUAGAUUUGUUGCAAAUUCUAAUUUGGAGAAUAGUGAUUCUGACUUUAGUGAUAGGGACAGUGAAUAUGUUGAUAGUAGUGAUCCUGGUAGCUACUAUAGUGAUAGCUCGAUUGAGGACUUGGACUCAUUUGUGAAAGAUGAUGCACUGAGGACUGCAAGUAGUCACCUUCAUUAUGAUCCCAACUGUGAAGUUCCACACUUUGAAGUUGGAAUGGUUUUUAAAAAUGCAAUUCAAUUUAAAGAAGCCAUUGCCAAAUACUCUGUUAAAAAAGGAUGCAAUCUCCAUUGGAAGAAGAAUGAACCGGGAAGACAACGGUAUGCUUGUGAUGUUAAGAAUGGGUGUCCUUGGGAAAUCUAUGCUGGCUUUGAUAGUGCUGACAAUUGUUUCAAGAUUAAAACAUAUUAUAGAAAGCAUGCAUGCUUCAAAACUAAUAAGAAUAGAUUAGUGACACGACCAUUCUUAGCAAAUGCAUUAAGGACAUUAGUGACCAAUGCUCCACACUUAACUGGUAGACAGCUUGCUAAGCAUGUGAAGUCUGAAAUGGAAGUUGAUGUUUCUAUAUACAAGUGUCAAAGAGCUAAGAAAAUUAUUAAAGAUGAGCUACAUGGGAGUUACAUUGAACAGUAUAAGCUAUUGAGAGGUUAUGGUGAGCAUAUGCUAUCUACAAAUCCCAAGUCUACAUGUGUUAUUGCAAGGGAAGCUAUUUUUCCAUAUGCAAAGCACAAAUACUGUGCAAGGCAUGUAUACGCAAACUGGGCAAAGAUUUGGAGAGGGGAGGAAUUUAAAAUAAGAUUCUGGGCUAUUGCUCAAGCUAGCUGGCCAAAGGAGUACGAGCACCAAAUGAUGCUGUUGAAGAAGCUAUCUGAGGCUACUUGGACAGAUUUGCAGAGAUAUGAUCCAAAAAAAUGGUGCAGGGCAUUUUUUGAUGAAGAGCCUUAUUGUGAUAUGGUUGACAACAACAUGUGUGAGUCUUUCAAUUUUUGGGUUAUGGAAGCAAGGUACUUGGCUAUUAUCUCCAUGGUUGAUACUUUAAGGUCUCAAGUGAUGGAGAGAAUUGGUGAAAAAUAUGCAUUCAUUCCCAAAUGGAAAGGUGAUAUUGCACCAAGAGCUAGAAAGAAGUUAGAGGCCAACAAGAAAAAGUCAUCUUCAUGGAAAUUGGUUUGGGAUGGAAGAACUGGAUUUGAGAAAGAGAAGUAUGCCCUAGCUUAUGGCUUCCCUAUAAAGGGAAUGUGUGAGGAUAAGUCAUGGCAAAAAUUUCAUGGUGAGCCUUUGAAUCCACCCCCGAUUAGAAAAAGGCCUGAAAGGCCAAAGAAAAAUAGGAGAAAGCCCAAAGAUGAGCCCAAAAAAGUGUCUAAGGCAGUUAUACUCUCAAGGAAAGGAAGAGUCAUGACUUGCUCUAAUUGUAAGCAAGGAGGACAUAACAAAUCAUCUUGUCCCUUCAAAUUGAAUGAUCAAAUGCCUCCAGCUAUUGCAUCAACAAAUGGGUCAAAAAGAAGGCCAUCUGCAACUUAUCAUCGAAAACCUAAAGCUGUUAAGACUAAUGUGAAUGUCAAUCCUUCACAAGCAUCAAAUGCCCCAUCUUGCCUAACAUCACUAGCUGAAAACACUAUUGUUUCACGUGAGCAACCACAAUCUUCAUUUGCAAAUAAGAAAGGAAAAGAAAAGACUGGACUGUAUACAAAUGUGACAGUUAGAGAAGCUGUAAAUGAGCAUAUUGCACAAAGCAAUAGUGGAGGCCCAACUGCUCCAACUGUAGUAAUGGAUGGUCCUUCAACCGAGAAAAGGAACAUUUUUGUGAUGCCCCCAACUGGAGAUAACAUGAGUUUGGCUACUGAAGAUAAUUUCUGGGCAGCAAUUUGAAGCCUUUUAAUUAUGCUAUAUUGCUGAAGUUUAUAUCUUUUGUGUCUUUUGUGUAAUGGAGAAUUUAUGGGCAGCCAAAAUUUGUGUCUUUUGUGUAAUGGAGAAUUUAUGGGCAGCCAAAAUUUGUGUCUUUUGUGUAAUGGAGAAUUUAUGGGCAGCCAAAAUUUGUGUCUUUUAUGCACUAGAGAAUUCUUAGGCAGUUGAAGUUUGUGUCUAGUGUGUUGCAGAAUUUUGGUGGAGCUUUUAAUUAUGUUUGCACUUUUGUAGUGCCACAGAUUAGUUAUCAUAGCUUUUGUUAUUUAUGACAGGUUUUAUUGUGGUGAUGAACUAUAUUUGGGCAUGAUUUGUUUUUGUUCAUGCACUUUGUACAAGUGCUAUGUUAAGCUAUGAAACAAUGUUAAGUUUAUAAGAAAGGAUAUAAAAGUUU